AUGGAAGAGAGCAACCUUGGGGAGUCAUCAAGGCAAGGAAUGAAUGGGGCACUCUGGUCACGUAUCUGGCAGGCCAAUGUUCCUAACAAGAUCAAAAUUUUCUCAUGGCGUGCAUGUCUGAACAUUUUGCCCACACAAGCAAAUCUGCAACAGGUAUGGCAACCUCCAGUGGGUAAUUGUUUCAAGUUGAAUUUUGAUGGUGCUUGCUUUGAUGAUGGAGCUGCUUCAGGCUAUGGGGCUGUGAUUAGAAAUGAAAAGAGCGAAGUAAUGGCUCCUUUGGCAGCCAAGGGUGGUGCGGUAUGGGAUAGUGAAGAGGUGGAAGUGUUUGCUUGUCGUAAAGCUCUCGAGUUUACAAUAGAUGCGGGCUUUAUGGAAAUUAUUUUGGAAGGUGAUAGUUUUCGAUCUAUUUCGAUUAAUUGUGUUAGGCGCACUGCUAAUGGGGUAGCUCAUGCUUUGGCUAGAUUUACUAGAUUAAUUAAUGAUGAUAUUGUUUGGUUGGAGGAGGAUCCCCCGCCUAUGGUGGAUGCUUUGUAUUUGGAUGCUAAUGCUUUAAAUUAA